UUCACUUGACAUUGACAAGUUUUGGUUUCAGGUUUUCAGUGUUUUUGACUUUUGACCAGCCAAAUUAUUUCAAAAAAAUGUUACAGAGACUUAUGUUUACUAGUUUAAAAGUGAAAUUUACGAGUAGAAAUAAAAAUUUGCUGUGCCGUUUACCUCUGCAAAGUGUUUCGUGUCAUCAGUGCGGAUUUAGGUUAUAUUCUAGUCAAAAAGUUUCAGUUUUACAAAAUUCUUUCGAAAGGACCUUCAACAGACGAGGGUUAUUUGGUGUCACAGUCAGGUACCACUCGAGCCAGGUUGAUGCUCAAAACAAGAACGACAAGGUCGAGAGCUUAAAAAGUGAUGUUUCUCAUUCAACUUCUAAAAAGAUUAAUGUGAAGUUAAAGACGUCCGAAUUAAAGAGAUUGCUAGGCCUCGCCGAGCCCGAGAAAUGGAAACUGACGGGUGCCAUUGGCUUGUUGAUGAUUUCAUCGAGUGUGUCAAUGGCUAUACCAUUUUCCCUGGGUAAGGUGUUGGACAUCAUAUAUGGCAGCUCCACAGGUCUGGGCCCCGCUAGAGACAAGCUGGAUGCACUAUGUCUCACUCUGUGCGGGGUGUUCCUGCUAGGUGCAGUCUGCAACUUUGGACGAGUGUACUUAAUGUCUAUAUCAGGUCAAAGAAUGACACAAACUCUACGCAAACAAGUAUACACAGCAAUACUGAGACAAGAAACAGCAUGGUUUGGUAAAAACUCCACCGGGGAACUUGUCAAUCGUCUGUCAGCUGAUUCACAGCUGGUCGGAAAGAACCUUAGUCAGAAUGUCAGUGAUGGCCUCAGAUCUCUGUUCAUGGUUGGUGCUGGCACAGGAAUGAUGUUCUACAUGUCCCCGUCGCUGGCCAUGAUCGGGCUGUGCGUGGUGCCGCCGGUGUCCAUGCUGGCCGUGGUGUACGGCCGCUUCGUGCGCAGCAUCACCCGGCAGCUGCAGGACGAACUCGCCCGGACCAGCGAGCUAGCCGAGGAGAAAAUAUCGAACAUCAAAACUGUAAAAGCAUUCAGCAAAGAGCAGAUGGAAGCCGAGUCGUAUGGUCAUCGGAUAGAGAAGCUUUUGCAACUAGCGUAUAAGGAAUCUUUGGCCGUCGGCAGCUUUUAUGGAAUGACAGGAUUAGCUGGCAACACAAUAAUAAUUCUAGUCCUUUACUACGGAGGUGGCAUGGUGGCCACAGAACAGCUGUCCGUGGGCAAUUUGACCUCCUUUCUUCUUUACGCGGCCUACGUGGGUAUAAGUAUAGGCGGCUUGAGCAGUUUCUAUACGGAAUUGAACAAGGGUAUGGGAGCCGCGACCAGGCUUUGGGAGAUCAUGGAUCGGCAACCCACCAUUCCUGUUAUUGGUGGCCUGAGACCGGCAAUGAGGCCUAAAGGCGAAGUGACACUAGAAAACAUAAGUUUCUCAUACGAAGGUGCUCCCCUAAUUAAAAAUGUAAACCUGCACUUAUUGCCAGGGAAGUCUAUAGCGCUAGUAGGCAGAUCAGGCUGUGGUAAGAGUACUAUAGCAAGUUUAUUGCUAAGAUUAUUUGAUCCAGAAAAGGGAAGGAUAUUGCUUGACGGAAUUGAUAUAAGAAAUUUGGACCCUGUUUGGCUGAGAAGCCACAUUGGAUUUGUUAGUCAGGAACCCGUAUUGUUCACUGGAUCAAUAAAAGAUAACAUUUUAUAUGGAGCUAUGGAUGAAGAAUUUGAAGUGGUGGAUGAAUCAAAUAAGAAAGAGCCAGCCUGGCUGCUAGCGGCUCGCACGGCGCAUCUUGAAGAGAUAGCUCAGGAGAGCGCGGAGGGGUGGGGGCGGCAGGUGGGCGCGCGGGGGGGGCAGCUGUCCGGCGGACAGAAGCAGAGAGUGGCCAUAGCUAGGGCUAUUGUAAAGAACCCCAAAAUCCUUAUACUGGACGAAGCGACAUCCGCCCUCGAUACAUAUUCCGAGUAUCUAGUCGACAAAGCCCUUAAGGACAUUAGCAAAGACCGAACCGUACUCACCAUCGCCCAUAGACUCAGCACGAUACAGAACGCCGAUGAAGUGGCCGUUCUAGAGAACGGAGUGAUCAUGGAGAAAGGCCCUUACAACGAACUCAUGGCGAAACCAGAUGGCUUCUUCCGAGAACUCAUCACUCACCAGACCUUCGCGUCCAAGUCGAAAACGCAAACCGAAGCACAACACGUCACGUAGUGUUUAUUAUAUACGCUUUAGAGGUAAAUUAUAAAGUUUAGAACAUAAGAAUCGAGGCACAUUUGUUGUUAUAUUUUGUUAAUUAAAUUGGGUUUUAUAAAUUAGUUCUUGUUGCUUAUAGCUUGAGAUGUGUUGAAGUUUUGCAAUGUUACAGUUACAUAUCUGUCUCAAAUGUAGUGACUAUGAUAGUUUUAAUAGUAAUAGUUUAAUUCCAAUAGGUUUGUGAUAAUAGUGUACCUACAGAGCAAAUUUAAGGACAAGUUAUAAUUUUAUAUUAAACUUUAGUUCCGCGCGGGCAUAUUUAUGGUGUAAUUUGUAUUUAUAAUGUGUUCAAUAGAUAAGAUAUAUUUUAUUUAUUGACAUUGAUAUUUUUAAAUUGUACAGUAAGCAUUUACAUUAUUUCUUUGAACAAUAAAACGGUUUUUGUUA